UAUACUCAGUGAUCUAAUUGAUACUCUGUGUCACUAUUAUAAGUAUUGUCUUGAGUUAUUAUUGUGUUUAAAAGUGUUAAUUAAACAUUACUAUAAAACUUGUUUAUUCUCUGUCUGAAUUACCUUUCACAUAUCUUCUAAGUCUUAUAAGUGUGCUGCUUAAAUCUUUUGGUGCAGUACGUAAAUUGGUGUCAGAAGUCGGAUUUUUAGAGGAAGUCCAAGAGUCCUCAGUGAUUCAACUGCAAGUGGAGACGUCCAUCUACAGAAGAGUCAAGAAUCCAGUUAAGGCAAAGAAGAUAAUAAGGCAUCCAGCGUCAGAAGGAAAAAAUCAUGGAUUAUUUAUAUUUUAAGAUGUAAAAAAUCAAAAACAUUUAUGUUGUGCCCUGAAACCAAGGCGAUCCACCCACGUAAGAAUAAAGUACCGUGCGAAGUACAGUUGUUCCAAAACUCAAAAGACUUACCAGAAAAUUGUGAAAUGAUGUACUUCCAACUGGAAACAACGUUAUUUCACAAAUUGCAACUGAAGAACCAAUGGCUGUACGCAACGACCGAAGAACCGCUUGUAAUCGCUUGCGACGGGAAAAAGGAGUCCAUCGCUCAUACCAUAAACGACGUUGGCGCCUUAUCACUACCCGAAACAUGCAAAGCAUACGCAUCGUACGAUCUGUUGAUACCGGCUGCAUUGGGGAUCACAAAAAACUAUACAGACUUUGUGCCCACUACAAGUAUGACAAUUGACCUAACUUUAUUUACUAAUGAAAAUGUAAUUCCAGUAGUAGAUGCAAGGCGAAUCACAAACACUAAUCAAUUUAAUGAUUUACCGACCAUUGGGAAGUCAGUUAAACAAUUGAGAGAACAGUUCGACGAACAACUGCGAGCUAAACACCGUCGAAUACAACCUAUAAUUAAUUAUGUCUUGGCAGCAGGCAUAAUAUGUAUAAGAAUAGCGGGCUGCUCAUGUUUCAUUGUAAUACGAUGGAAAAAAACCAGAGUUGACACACAAGUGCCAACAAAUCAAAACAACGAGUACGGUAAUGAAGAAAUACCGUUGGAACACCGAUGGCCAGAUGAUUUCGAGCAGGGGUAUUCAUCCGCGUCGGUAUGCGAGCCGAGCGUCGCAAAUAAUAGCACGCCGCUUCCUACGUGUCCAGAUGGCAAUUUGACAACACAUGCUAAGAUACGUUUGGAAUACGGUUUCUAAAGGGAAAAAUAAAAAUGUAUUGUUUAUAUUAUAUAACUUAUUAGAAUAGUUGUAAAAUUUAAGACAAAUUUUAAUUUUUGGUAUACAUUUUUAUCUUGUAGAGGGAAAGUGUUAAUUAAACAUUACUAUAAAACUUGUUUAUUCUCUGUCUGAAU